CUAUCAUCAUUACAAAAUUUAUUAAAUCUCAGACAAAGAAUAAAAGAAUGGGAAAAUAUUUACUAAGUUUUUUUCUUAUCCUCCUUUCCUUUGAUUCUAUAAACACUUAUUUGUUGCCUCCUCUCUUCAGAAAAUUUAAUGUGGAAAUUGUAAACCAGCUUGAAUAUCACAAGAAACUGAGGGUUCAUUGCAGAAGCAAAACUCAUGAUUUUCCAAUUACGUAUCUUAAUAUCGGAGAAACUUUUCAAUUUGGAUUUAUUAUCUAUCCAAAAACUCAGUAUUGGUGCAACUUGUGGCAGGGACCAAAUUACAAACAUCAUGUGGUCUUUGAUGCAUUUCUUCCAGACAAAGAUUUUAUAGAUGGUACAUGUACUGGAAUGGACCCUAAUGUAUGUAGAUGGACCGCAAAAGAAGAAGGAGUUUACGUCCGCAACAAGCAAUUUAAAGGAGAAUAUUUCAUGUAUACAUGGGAUGCUCCAUCAAACUUAGAACCAGAUUCUCCAGUGGGUGCACCCUCUGACUCUGACUGAAUCUUAAUCUGAUUUAUUUAUCAUGUGGUCUAAUAAAAACGUAAGACUAUAGUUAUGAUUUUAUAUAUGUAUCAUGAUGCUCGAGAUAACAAUAAUAAUAAAGAUUAUUAGGUAAUAAUCCGUACCUUGUACGGGAUGAAAUAAUAAUUAUUUAUUUAAUAUAAUAUAAUUUUAAAAUCAUA